GAGAAACGAAAUUAGGGUUACUUGACUUCUUCUGAGCAAAUAGAGAUAGGUGUUUUUCUAAAGAGAGGGAGAGUGAGAAAGAAAGCAGUAGGAAGGAAUUAGCGGUAGAUUGAGUGAUGGAUUUCUCAUCUUCUUCAAGUGGUUCUUCUUCAUCGGGGUCUCAGCCUUCACCUGAGGUUUUCAUGGACCAGCUCAAAUCUCAGCUUGCUCAAGCUUAUGCGGAGGAAUUUCUAGAGACUGUCAGGGGCAAAUGCUUUUCGAAGUGUAUCACUAAGCCUGGAACGAGCCUGAGUGGGGGUGAAAGUAGUUGCGUCUCCAGAUGUGUGGAUCGAUACAUUGAAGCCACUGGUAUUGUUAGUCGUGCUCUGUUUAGCCAAACGCGUUGAAUUGUUUACUGCCGCAGCUGGAUCUUUUAUCCUUGUAACUCAUCACUGGCAUAUUGGAAAGUUGCUAGCGAACAUCUUUGAGAUAUUAUAUCACAAUCUUUUGAUAUCUUGGUCCUUUAAAAACUUGUCUUUUUUUGGUUUUGAGAUAUGUUAGCCGAGAAGCAAUAGUUGUUGGUUCGUAGGACCAAAUGAUGUAAUGGCAAGUGAAAUUAAUUUAUCAAAUACCUUCUCUAUAUAAUAAGCAUACUCAAGGGUUGGGCUAUUUUCUUUAA